CACCUUAAACCUCACCUAUAUAUUUUCCAUGCAAAAAAAAAAAAGACAACAAUUUCAACCAUCAUGAACAUUACUAAACUCACUCCUUGGUUUCUUUUCUCGUGUCUGAUUCUUCUAUCAGACUACAUAAAGGUAAACAGCUCAAUUUCUCCAUCUAGCGAGCAAACACAAGAAGAUGGCUUUUUUGGUUUCAAACCUACAAAGUUGUUUGUGUUCGGAGACUCGUAUGCAGACACUGGAAACACACCUUUCCUGAUCGUUCCCUCGUGGAGGUUUCCCAAUGGAAUCACUUUCCCGGGAAUACCUACCGGGCGGUUUAGUGAUGGUCGUGUUUCCACUGAUUAUCUCGCGAAGUAUAUUGGAGUUAGAACGCCGAUCACAUACAAAUGGGGGAAAUACGGACGACCGAGACUAGCUGUGAAAAGAGGAAUGAAUUUCGCAUAUGGUGGAGCCGGCGCGUUUGAGACAAUGUUCAAAUUAGUUCCUACCGCUAGUGUGCAGAUUGAUUCCUUUGAACAACUCCUCAUGAGAAACGUUUAUUCACCGGCCGAUCUCAACUCUUCCGUCGCUUUCUUUAGCAUCAUCGGCAAUGACUACCUUACUUACGACAGACGUAAUGGUUCUGAAGAGGGUCGUUCAGCACUCACAAGGAAAGUAGUGAAACAGAUUUUGUUGGAUGUGAAGCGAAUUAAGGAUUUAGGAGUAAGAAAGGUGUUAGUGGCUUUAUCACCACCGCAGAAAUGUUUGCCGAAGCUUGUCACUCCUAAAGGCUGCGACACCAACGACACCUCGACGUACCUCCACAACAGUCUUCUCCGCAAAGGACUGAUAAAACUAAACGAUAAGGAGAUUAACAAUAAUGAUAAAAGUUUCAUGACGUUAGAUCUCUACAAUGCCUUUGUGACCAUAUUCAAGAACAAAGGAGUUUCAGGAGUUUCGACAUUUCCGGAUCCGUUUAAGGCAUGUUGUGCAACAAAACGAGGUACCUUUUGUGGAGAUAGAAGCUUGAGUGGUAAAAAGUUGUACACUCUUUGCGAUGAUCCAAAAUCAUUCUUCUUUUGGGACAAUGUUCAUAUCAGUGAUCAAGGAUGGCGUUCUGUUUUUUCUCUUCUUCUUCCUGAUUCACAGUUUUAAAUCAACUAGAUCAAUAUGCAAUAAUUCUCCAUUCUAAUGAUAUAUGAUGAUUAUCAA